CGGCUAGCGCCAAAGUGCAUGAAUCAUCAUAAUACUUUCUACGAUUUGAAUAGUACCUAGCUAUGGCAAGCCAACUUCCGUCUAAUAUACUUAUCUUUGGGGCGACGGGUAAUAUUGGCAAAUACAUUACUGGUGCUAUAAUUUCAGCUGAGCCUAACGUUGGCCGUCACGUCUCUAUCUUCACGUCUCCCGCCACGGCAUCCAGCCCAGAUAAGCAGGCCAUAUUAUCGUCAUGGAAGUCUCGGGGAUUAUCAGUCAUCACAGGCGAUCUUAGCAACGCCGACGAUAUUCGAAAUGCCUACAAUGGUAUAGAUACGGUCAUCUCGUGCUUGGGGAGAAAUGCACUCGCGAGUCAAAUCGAACUACUCAAGCUUGCAGAAGAGAGCGGCGUACAGUGGUUUUUCCCUAGCGAAUACGGCACGGAUAUAGAAUACGACGCUUCCAGUAAGGAUGAAAAGCCGCACCAGAACAAGCUCCGAGUACGGGAAUAUAUCCGUGAGAAUUUGAAAAAGGUCAAGUGCACUUACGUCGUAACCGGUCCGUAUAUCGAUAUGUACUUGACACUUGCGCCAGUAGCCAAGGAGGCUGGGGGCUACGACGUAAAGUCGAAGAAGGCUGUAGUCAUUGGAAGCGGAGAUGAUAGGGUUGGAUUCACAACCAUGCCCGACGUGGGUAAGCUGGUGGUUGCAGCACUCCGGCACCCCGAGGUAUCGAUAGACAAGGCCCUCAAAGUCCAGUCGUUCGUUACGACGCCGAACGAUAUCGUGGCAGAAUUUGAGAAGCAGACUGGGUCGAAGUGGACGGUCGAGCACACACCAAUUCAGAAACUUCGCGAGAUCGAGAAUGAGAAGUGGAAUGCGAACGACCCGAUUGCGACGCUGUACACGCUGAAACGCAUCUGGGCCGAAGGUGGUACGCUAUACGACAAGACCGAUAAUGAGAUAUUGGGCCUCAGGCCGGAAGACAUGGAACCGUUAAGCGCUGCCGUCGAGAGAGCUAUCGGCGGGAAAGGAUAUUGAAGGUCUGUUUGGCUAUCGACCUAGGUUACAUCGUUCUUAUAUUUGCCAAAAGAGUUCCGAUAUGUACCCAAUAUCAGGUAUCUAAUACCGGGUUACCUUAGGUACCUUACCUAUCUACCAAACACGACAUGAGAAAAUGAACAAUUAAUGAUUUUCAUACACCUGAUCGACCUUAUGACAGGUUACCUUUAUAUAAGAGGCAUCGUGGGUACCUAAGUACCUGUUAUACAUAAUCGUACCUAAUAACAUGUAAAAUAUUGGGAACGAGUAGAAAACAAUAUAUGAUUGAAAUGAAUAAUAAUGGUAUUCUACAUAGCAGGUAUAUCAGAAAUAAUGUUGUUAGUUGAGGAAACUGUACAGAUAAAAAUUCGGGGGCGGACUGGGAAGAAAAGAAAUGCGACCAGCUUAUCGAUAACACCGAAAGCCGUUAAGCAAUAAAAAAUAAAAAAAAAUUUACGGUUCAAAGUCCUUAACAAUUCUACGCCGG